CGAUGAAAAAAAUAAAACUUGAAUCGUCACUCCUCCAUCUUCCCGAGCUGGAAGAGAAAACACCUGAGGGUCGUUUGCCAUUGGGACGCUUUCCCUUCCCUUGUGGAUAUCGCGCAGCCUGUAGCAUUAUUGGAUUGGCCGCGGCGGUAUCCCCGAUAGUAUCGGAUUCGGGGAGGGGCGUUCUCUACGCUCGGGGAAUGGCGGAGCAGCAGGCUGCUGUGCUGAGGAUUCAGUGUGGGAGAGAGAUGGGGAUUUAGCACAAUAAGAUAGAUCCCAGUCCUCUCUGUUUUCCACUCUCUCUCUCUCUCUCUGUUGUCGUUCUACAUCUCUGCUGCCUCUGGCCAUGGAUCCAGAGAAAACGUUGACGUUCUGCCUUGGACUCAAAGCAGAGGCGAUGACCAUCUCCCUGCAGGGGCCGGGAGGACCAGCAGCUACGACGACUGUGUCUCCAAAGGGUUCAGACAUGGGAACCAUCAACAAGGGGGUGAAGGACCAAGCUGGCUCAGGCAGCCAGCCCAUGCUCAGUCAUAAGUACUGCCCUGGUGUCAACAACAACCCAGGCUACCUGUGUGAGACCGGCCACUGCUGUGGGGAGACAGGAUGCUGCACCUACUACUACGAGCUGUGGUGGUUCUGGCUGCUGUGGACCAUCGUGAUUCUGUUCAGCUGUUGCUGUGCCUACCGCCACCGGCGGGCCAAGCUGCGUAUCCAGCAGCAGCAGAGACAGAGGGAGAUCAACCUGAUCGCCUACCAUGGAGCCUGCAACUACCCUGCCUCCAUGUUGGACCUCAGUUUCCUGGCCUCCUUCAAGCUGCCGUCCUAUGAGGAGGUGGCAGCCCAGCCCCCCUCACCCCCUCCAUCCUACAGCUCCGUCUUUGCUCUGCAGGGGGCAAUGGGGGGCGCCACCGCUUACACAGCCACCCCUUACGGUUCAGCCUACCCCCAUCACCACCAGCAACAACCCCUCGGCCCUCCCUCCUACUUGGUUAGCUCCACGCCGGGCCCAAGCGGUGCCGGUGGUGGCCUGACCUCAUCUCAGAGUUCAGACAACUACACCAGCUGCUCCUGCGAGUCCUGCUCCCUCCUCACCUCCCCAUCCAGCACCUCCUUCUCUGUCCAGGUGACCUACGAGACGGAUAAUACCAGCCAUGCCUCCACGCCCGGUAGCGAGGUUGGAGGAGGAGGGAGGGAGGUCCUGAGAGGCUUCCCCAGGGAGGGUUCAUCUCUGGAGGGAGUUGUGUCUGCCAGGUCCCCUUUGUCUCCUGGAGGAUAUCCAGCUCCUCCUCUGCCCCCUCCUCCACCUGAACUUCUACCUACACCUUCUCCCACAACGUCUUCUCCUCUCCCUCCCACUCUCCCCCCUCCCAAACUAUCUUCUCCCUCUCCACUUCCUCCUCCACAUCAUCCGCCACUCCCUCCACUCAUCCUUAUGGACCCCCUGGCUGUGCUGGCUGAGCAGAGAGGGGUAGAGGGCGGCCUGAGUGAGGGUGGGGUCACAGAGAGACAGAGCCCUUCCAUCCUCUCUCCCCCCAAGCCCACCCAGUCUCCCCCCAAACACGCCCUCUUCUCCACCAACGUGGACUUCUUCGAGCCCGUGGAGAAAGAGAAGAGAGAGGAAGAGGAGGAGGAAGAGGAGGAUGAGGAUCAUUUCCGUCACCGCCGGCUCACAGGCGACUCCGGCAUCGAAGUGUGCCGCUGCCAAGUGAAGAGCGAGGAAGAAGAUGUGGAGAAGAAGGUGGAAAAAGAUCAAGUUGGAGGAGGGGAUGGAGAGGAGGGGGCGGAUUCCCUCCAUGACAGUGUGGACUGUUCCCUCCGAGCGCAACAGGUCUCCCAGUGUGGCCACGCCUCCUCGGCCAUCCCCAGUGGCGGGGACGCCUUCAUCACCGUGGAGUCGUCAUGAGGACAGCCAAUGAGGGCCAAAUAAUUUGGUCAGGUGACCAAAACUCACUUGACUGACAACAAAUGGAGCCAAUGGAGCUUAAAAGUGUUUACUUUGACCCAGUAGCACCCCCUACUGUUCAAACCAGGAAGGAAGCCAAGGCCCACAUCAACUAGUAUGGGCCUGCUUGUGUUAACGGCUUACUGUAGUAAUGUGAAGUCACCAUAGUAACACAGAGGAAGAGGAUCAUCACAGCCUUCUAAUUGAAAGGAGGAAGGAAGUCGUUACAGUGGGAGUCGGACAGUUUAUCUGUGUUGAUCUUUCUGACGGUCAUUAUCAUUCUGUCCCGCUGCGCUGCCACCGGGAACAAAGACACCUUUUAUCAUUUCUCAAAGUGCAGAAACCAAUGCUGCAGUGAAACUGCUAAUUAUACUCUCUCUCGCUCUCUCUUUCUGUCUCUCUGUCUUUCUGUCUCUCUCUCCCUCUCUCCCUUUCUGUCUCUCUCUCUCCCUCUCUGUCUCUCUUUCAUCACAGGAAGAGGAGCAACAGCUGCAUGAGACAGUAUAAAGUCAGCAUAAUGUUCACACAGUCUCCCUCGCACACACACACACACACACACACACACACACACACACACACACACACACACACACACACACACACACACACACACACACACACACACACACACACACACACACACACACACACACACACACACACACACACACACACACACACACACACACACACACACACACACACACAAUGUUGACUGUCCACCUGCUGUGUCUGAAGCUCUGCUGCACCUGCCCUUUUGCUUUGCAAAAAUACCUCCCGCUUUCUUCCUCUCCCAUCCUUCCAUCAGAGUACUGUUAGCUCCUGUUCUCUUCUCCUCAUCUCCUCCUCUCCCAUCCUUCCAUCAGAGUACUGUUAGCUCCUCUUCUCUUCUCCUCCUCUCCUCCUCUCCCAUCCUCCCAUCAGAGUACUGUUAGCUCCUCUU